CUUCAUAUACCAAAGUCUUUUAAAAAUGAGUCUCAUCUUCACAAAUAUAUAAAAAGAAGAAGAAGAAGAAAAUGAAGGUAAAACAGAUUUCAGUGUGCUUUGUGAAACCAAAAUCAGAAUGGCUUCCCCCAGAAUCGAAGCAUCCAUAUCAUUUAAGCCCUUUAGAUUACCCCAACCUUUUCUCUCAGUAUAUCCAAAAGGGCCUCCUCUUUCACAAACCUCCCCAUUUUUUUAUGCCCAUUUUUCUUCACCGCCUCAAAAACUCCCUCUCCACCGCUCUCCUCCAUUUCUACCCACUUUCUGGCCGCCUUGUCACCAUCACAAACCACCAUCAUCUUCACCCUUCCAUCUCCAUUUACGUCGAUUGCGUUAACAGCCCUGGUGCCAAGUUCAUCCACGCCACCCUCGACAUCACAAUUUCUGAUUUUCUCUCCCCCAUUGACGUGCCUUCCGUGGUCUACUCUUUAUUUGACAACCACAAGGCUGUCAACUACGAUGGCCAUUCCCUCCCUUUGUUGUCCCUUCAAGUAACGGAGUUACUGGACGGAAUUUUCAUCGGCUGUUCCCUCAACCAUGCCAUUGGCGAUGGAGCCUCCUACUGGAAUUUCUUCACCAUGUUAUCUGAGAUUUUUCAAUCCCCUUCUCCAAAACACAUUUCCAUUUCACGUCCCCCUGUUCUCAAGCGCUGGUUUCCCGAUGGGGAUGGUCCAAUCGUUAAUCUCCCUUUUAACCUUCCCGAAAAAUUUAUGAACAGAUUCAAAGGGCCUAAAUUUCGGGAGAGAAUAUUCCACUUUUCAGCAGAAUCAAUUGCAAAAUUAAAAGCAAAAGCCAACGCAGAUUGUGGCGCCAGAGGAACGAUCUCCUCAUUACAAUCCUUAACUGCAUUUGUAUGGCGAUCCAUAACACGAGCUCGUCGGAUAUCAGAGGAACAACCCACACAUUGUAUAAUGAUGGCGAAUAACAGAGCAAAAUUAGAACCACCCUUGUCCGAAAAUUACUUCGGCAACGUAACUAAAUAUCUGAAAGUGGAUGCAAACGCAGAGGAGUUGGUUGGGAAAGAACUUGGUUGGGCAGCAUGGAAGUUGCACGAUGUUGUGGUUAACAAUACUAACAAAAAGUUUAGAGAGACAAUUGAGGAACGGUUGCAAUCUAUUCAUACAAUACAAGUUGGUAGAAUUUUCGAACCGAAUACUGUGUUGAUGGCGAGCUCGCCGAGAUUCAACAAGUAUGGGGUUGAGUUUGGGAUGGGAAAAGCUGUUACAUUGCGGAGUGGAUAUUCCAAUAAAUGGGACGGCAAGGUUACUAUAUAUCCAGGACAUGAGGGAGGAGGGAGUGUAGAUUUAGAGAUUUGUCUUCUCCCUCAAAAUAUGGUGAAUCUUGAGUCUGAUUUUGAAUUUAUGGUUGCUGUCUCUUCCUCCCAUUGAAUCAUUACUCUUAUCUUCUUCACAAAAUAACCAACAAAUCUGAUGUGUUUUUCAAGAUAUAUAUGAAACUACAAAAUACAACUCUAAAAUAAGUUUCCUUUCAAAUAACCAACAACCCCAACAUCAUUUCUGGCACUACGACGUCCUUCAGCUGCUUUGUAUAAUUCUUGAAAGAUUGCAGCCUCUUCCCCCAAAGUUAGUCACGCUUUAGCGCUUAAAGUAACUUUUUAAUCCUUUCAAAACAAGAGUAUAUUUUGUUAAGCCAAAUAUGCUCUCAUCAAGGAUGGAUUCUUCCAUUCAAAGCAUCUUUUUUUUGUCUAAGAAAAGCUUAGCGGCAUAUCACUAUGGCAUUGUGGUUUAGCACCUUUAUUCUUAUUCUUGGUUUAAGAUUUGAUUUCAUAUUUUAUUAAGUACAACAGAAUCUUCACAUCU